AUGCAGAGUAAUGCUGUGAGGCAGGCGAUGGGAUUCAACCUGACCUACUCCCUCAAUUGCCCUGCACUGAAAAUUCCUCCUUUGGUGUCGUUGUCAACGAAGUCCACCACUUACGGAACUAAGGUCGUGGUCUCUUGCCCUCCUGGUUUUGAGUUCGCUUCUGGUCGAGGACGAGCAUUCGAUGUGCACUGUCAAUUGGGAGGCAAAUGGACGGAAAACACUCUCCCAACUUGUCAACCGGUUUAUUGCUCGGCUGUGCCACAAAUUGCGAAUGGUUACGCGGAGUCAGCGACAAACGUUUCGUUUGGUGGUGUUGCCAAGUAUUCCUGUUACAAAGGCUUCUCCUUCUCAUCCGGCAAUUCUAUAGAAGAAAUCCAUUGUGGUAUAAAUGGUAACUGGACGCCAGCACCAAGUUGUAGAGGUUCGUUCCUCAUAUUUAUCAAUUUAUUUGUACCUCUGAUCUAA